GAAGUCCUGUAACUAAGUUACUUAAAUAAUGCGUCAUAUUAAUGAUUCACAAUAAAUAAAUACUUUUAGUUUUUGUUAUUAAUGACACAUUUAUUUCAAGUCAGCUGUUUUAAGGAAAACCAUUGCAUAAAAGGAAAUAGUUUAACAGUAUUAAAAAGAUAACGGUCCAACAAUAGAUUGAAUGACUUGGUAAUAACGAAUUAUCAAUGAGACAUAUUCAUUUCUUAACUAAAUUUUAUUUUUCCAAUGUUCGUGGGUACUACAUUAUUUUCCUUCAAUUCUGCCCGAUCUAAUCGGGUAAUGUAAAACACAAACCUGGCAAUACCGCAAGUGCCAUGCCGUGCCCUCGUACGUCGAACGAACAACUGUUUAUGUAAACUUUCUGUCAAGUGCAUUGUGUUUCAAAAUAGUUAACAUCGGGUAAAAUAACAAUCGUCGUUCCACUUUCGCAAUAAAAACUAUUGUAUCGUGCAACUUCUUACUAUCGCGAUUUUUAAUGAACACAACUUACAAUCAGUUCGGCAUUACAUCUGGUGACUUGAACCGUGUUUUGAAAAAAAAAACACCAACUGUUGUUUCAUAGUUUCGUGUUUACAAAUUCUUUCACGAGAAUUAAAAUGGGUGAACCGAAUGAGUUUUAAUGUUUAUCUUAACGAAUAAGUUGAUAAAGUUUGUGUGUGUAACUUAGUGCGAAUAAAAAUGUAUUAUGCCGUGUCGAAAUGAUAUCGUCUUCUAAGAACAGAGUACAAGAAAUAAAAAGUAAAUUUGAGAAUUUGAACAACGAAUACGUGCCGAAACGCGUCGAGCCGCACUUGAGUAAACAUAAAAAUGUUUUCGCUACAACUUUUGGAAAGGAAAACAACGAUACUAUUGAUUACGAAUUAUCAUUUAAUAAGGAUAACACCGAGAAUGAAUCAGUGUGCAGUGAUGAGUGGUCGAUCAAACCUAAUUCGAGCUAUUUGUACAGUAAAAGCGAUGUGAAACGUAGUGCAAGUGAUACGAAAAAUUCCCUAUCGCGUCAAAGUAGUGAUCCUGGAAAAAAGUUGCACAGGAGCCAUGCUUUUCGUUGUGACAGAAGUCAGAAAAUAGUGAAUGGGCCACAGCGUCACGGCAGCUGCAACGGUAGGUCGGAAACCAGUGAUUUUACAUUAAAAAUGGAGAGAAAACUAAGUAAAGACAGACUGAAAAGACUAGGCAAUUUCCUCGAAGAGCAAAUGAGGAAAGAAAAAUUUGUUUCGCAUUUAGAUAACGCAGAAAAUGUGGAUGCAGUAGAAAAUGUGGAAAAUGGUGAUAAUGGUGACUCAAUACCGGAUUCCGAAGUGCCUCAGCAUAUACUUGACCAGUAUGCUACCGUAGUCAAACCAAAACGUAAAGAAAAUGAAAAACAUGAGGCCAUGACGGAUAGUGGAGUCAGUUCGGAGACAGAAAAUGUUGAAGAAGACAAAAAUGGCCGCUUUAAACGGCUCAUGUCUCAGUUUGAGAAGUCUCCGGAAAAGACUCACACAUCCAAUCUUCAACACAUGGAUGAAUUCUGUGAUUCCAGUGAAACUAUACGUCUUGAACGUAAAAAUCCACACUUGAUCUUAACAGAUACGUUAAAAAAGGCUUUAAAGCAGCCUUUGCCUCCAGGUCCGCCACCGAAGAAACCUCCACGGAUAACCAAACCCCCAACAAUUACGGAAAACGUAGAACUACAAAAGAAAGAAGCAAAACGAAUGCUCGAAAAGCUGGAACAAGUUCUCCAUAAACGUGAAGGGACCGUAGAACCUAAAAAGCCAAAAGAAAUACACUACUUAUGUACUGAGAUCCUGGAUAUCACUAACAGAACGUUACUACCAAACCAAAGCUCCGAUCCCAUAUCACGUUGUCUGAAUUCUCUCAACUGUGCCAUAACUAACAAUUCCAUGUCCAGUCUUCCGUACACAAGACUGAAGACAGACCGUCAGUCAGCCGUAUGCUGUGCCAGUAACGAUAGCAUAGAACAAUCAACGAGUGACAAGUGUUCAAAGUGCAAAAUUAACGAAGAAACCGAAGGAUUCAAAUGCCAUUUGGAUUGUAAGUGUAGUGUGAAUAAUUCAGAGUUUUAUGUUCACGAUGAACAUAUAUAUGAUGUGCCGUGUAACGAUGAGGAUACCAAGUUUGUGAAACGGAACAAGUAUGGGACUCUGAACUCUUUGGAGAACAGCAAGAGUUUGGAGGACCUUCGGAUGAAAAAUGCUGAGGAUCAAAAGAUCUACGACAUCCCAUACGAGACCAGAGCACCAUCACCAGACCUCCCACUCCGCGAACCAGAAAUCCCAAAAACGGACUUCGCGAAACUACGCCAGAAUUUCGAAAACGGAUUCCCCUCCGUGGAACCCAAAAAACCGGCCCCGAUUAAACCGAAACCAAUUCUGGUAUCGAAGACCAAACUGGCGAGGUCUAUAGAGAAUCUGAAUGGAGAGUUUUUGAAGAAUCCAGGGAAGUUUCAUACUGAACAGAGGAGGAUGAGGAAUAAAUGUGAGUCUGCAAUCAGCUUUACGCUGCCCAAGAGGGAUACACAACUUGAUUUGGAUAAAGAGAAU